UCACUUACAGUUGCGCGUUACAUACAUAUACACACACACAGAAGUAUACUCGAGUGCCUGCAAUUUGCAAGUAUAAACCCUAGCUAGAAGCAUGUUUCUGUACAUUUCUUCCAUCACUUUCUCUCUCUAACCCUGUCUCCCCCUCCCUCAACUCUCUCUCUCUCUCUCUCUCCCUCUCCGUCUCCCCCCCCUCUCUCUCUCUCUCACACACACACACUCUCUCUCCAUCUAUCUCUGAACAUCUACAAGCUAGGUUGAACUAAGAUACUACAGCGCGCCAUCGAUCAUCGGCUUCAGAAUCAAGAUGCAGAAAGAAAAGCCAGCAAGCCACUGCAGAUUUCACGAUCAUCCAUCACUCUGUUCUCCAUAUUUCUGUCAAUCAGACAGCUACGAUUACCCCUCACUUUAUCCAAAUCUCAGUUCACACGUUCAAUUCUCACCGUACUCACCUGGUUCCAUUGAUUACAGUUAUCCGCCUCCAUACUUGUUCACAGAUCAGCAGGAGGACUUAAAAAAGCAGAAGAGUUGGUGCCUCUCUCGCCUUUGUGAGACGACUAAAGAAGCAGAAGCUCUCCGUCAAGAGAACAUUAAUCUCCAGAUUGCUAACAAUGAACUGAACAAGCAAUUCAACAAUCUGUUGAUGCUCCAAUCGUCUUCUACUCUCCAGAAUUCUCGGGUUGCUCCGGUUCAUGAGUAUGUCAGUGCAGCGCCUGAGCCUGCUGCUUACCCCUCCAGUUCACUUAUUGAUGGUUUCGGACGUAUAAAUAUUGGUGGUAUGGCUGAAAAGCAGGUGGCAAGGAAUCAAGAGCCUGAUAACAGUGAGAAUCUGGAUGUGAAUAGAGUUUCGCUGCCAAAAAGUAUUUCGGUCAGGUCUAAUGGUUAUUUGAAGACGGUGCAGGAUGUUGGGAGCAGUAGCAGGGGAGGUGGUCAAGUUCAUGUGCCAAACCGGAUUAAACCGGUGAAAGCAGCGCAAAGGGUUUAUGUUCGUGGAGGGAGAAGAGAGGAGAAGCCACUUGAAUUACAAGUGUACAAUCAAGGAGUGACAAAAACAGAGCUUUGCAAUAAAUGGCAGCAGACUGGAGCAUGCCCAUACGGAAGUAACUGUCAGUUUGCUCAUGGCAUUGAGGAACUCCGUCCAGUCCUUCGCCAUCCCCGUUACAAGACUGAGGUGUGCUUUAUGGUCCUCAAUGGCGAACCGUGCCCCUAUGGUCAUCGUUGCCACUUCCGCCAUUCCCUAACUGACCAGGAGAAACUCAUAGCGCAUCAGUCUAAGACUCUAUGAGGUCAGUGCAAAGAGGCUGAAAUAAUUGGUACUGCGAAUAUGAACAUCUUACAAUAAGUGUUGCUUAGGCAAAAAAGAAAGAGGAAGACUUUGAUUGGUUAAAAACAAAAUGCUUGUUUAUGAUUCACAUUAUCUCUAUCUAUAUGAUUAAAGUGAAACUGUAGUUCAGAGCGAGUAAUAUGAGGACCAAAUCUGGAGCUGCUAAGGUUGAUGAUAUACAUGUUUAAGUACUGUAAUCCUAUUGCGGGUGUAUAGCAAUAGUGAUAUAAGCAAUUAAGCAUAUUCCAGCUUUCAGUGGUCACUAAAUAUUUCAUUUUAAUCCUGUGGAAUGUCCCGGAUAUGGAUAGAUUUAUCCAUAUUUUUAUACUACGUUUUACAAGAAGUUAUGAAACAUGUACAAUUGUACUAAUGUUUCUGCGUA